UUGGCGGGAGAAUAUUUCGGAUUACAGUACCUAAACAUUAGGUUUCGAAAGCGUGCGUCUGAGAGGAGACAGAUAUUUAACAGAAGAAAUGAAAGAAGGUGAGAAAUAAAGUCGACAUGGAGCCUGUCGAUUCGUCAGUGGAAUCUGCCAAUAAAGGGAACGUCCGUACGAAGGAGAAUGUUUGCGAGAUCUUGGAAUUGGCUACGAUUAAGGAGUCCGAUUUAAAUGCCGUGACGCAGUGUCUGUAUCCCAUGCAGGAUCACCAGGUCGACAACUUGAUACUGCUGGAGGUAGACGAGCACGUAUUAGGAGGACUAAGCGAGGGGGAUACAAUAUCAUUUCGCGGUAACAAGCAUGACCAUGCUGUGCUGUGCACGCAAACUCGGACGUACGAGGUCAGGGAGGCAGAGAUAUCCAACUCGUGGUUGCUGGUACCAAACCUGAAGCUGGGCAAGGCGACAGGCGGAGAAGCGGCUGAGAGAGCUGUAGAGAAACGUAACGUGAAGAAGAUAUUUAACUCGUACUACGAGGUGAAAGAAACCAAGCCCGAUCUGGCACGUUUGUCCACUCUGCUCAACUCGUCAUCCUUCAAUGGACUGGAAUACGAAUCUACAGUAGAUCGAAAGGCAUUGUACAGUUGGGAAAAAUUACAAAAUGAGUUACAGGCCAGCGAUCAUGAGUUACAACAGGCUCUAUCGGACUUCCUGAUAGCCGACAUAGACGGCUAUUUGCGUCUCGUAUCAUUUGACGUAGAAGCAAGGAGCCUAAAUCUGAUGUUGGAUUAUUUUGGAGAACAGUCUUGGGAACUCGACGAGGUGGAUAAAGAAAAUACAUACGAAUGCUUAAACGAGCUUAUUCAUGAGCCGGUGUUUGAUGUUAUAUUCAAAAGAUAUACGGAAGUGAGCACAAAGAAGAAGAAUAAUGGAGAUCCAUUGUACAAGUUUGACGAGGAAAGAUGCUGUGCAAUGAUAGCAAAGAUUCUUCUUGCUGCCUCUCCAGUCACCGAGUACAAAGAAUUCAUGGAAACGUGGAACAUUGGAACUCCUGAAAAGAUGCAGCCAAAAGAAAAGUAUUUAUGCGGAUCGGCCCUUGUAAUAUACAAUACUUCGAAAAUGCAGAAGGAAAUCGUGGCUUGUCCGGAGGCGGACUUACCCAACAAUAUUCAUGAUAGACUGAAUGAACUGUUUGAAAUCAAAGCUAAAUGGACCGUUGAAGAGAUAACACCUUAUAUUACGUGUUUUACAAAAGGUGCGAUGAAUGUUAAUGCACUUUUAACAAAGUAUGCCAGAUGUUCAACAAAUAACGGAAUAAAAUAUUACGGGGCAAAACACGGCAAGUGAUACAGCGAUUACAUUUGUGGUAUGCAUUCAAUUGUCUUACAAUAAAUACCGAUACAUGUGUCGUUGAUUAAUUAUAAUGCCAGAACAACAUUUCAGAAUUGUCUAUAAAUGUUGAAAUGAUACGCAUAAUUUAUUUAGCUUGUGAUCAUCGUGU